AUGUGUUACAUGUUAUUGCUGCCCUAUGUUCAAGGGCAGAGUAGCCUCAACCGUGAUUCUUUAGAUUCUUUUGUUCAUGAUUAUGCAUUGAAGGCGAUGAGAAGGAUGCGUACAGGUAUUCUGUAUAAUAUUUCUCUACCUGCAAAUUACUCUGGUAUACAAGUUUCUGUUGUUCGUCUCAGAACCGCGAGGUUAUGGCUAAGAGGAGCCAAUUUCAGUUUCUUUGACAUCCCACCUAGGACAUUGCCGCACCCCUUUUCCAGGAGACUACUAAUUGUCUAUCAAAACCUUGGGAAUUUGUCAGGUUUCUAUUAUAGUGUCCCAAAUCAUACAUUUGUCACUCCUGUCAUUGGCUUAUUAGCUUAUGAUACAAAUACCAGCAGAAUGGUUAAGUUUAACAUCACCAGGGAUCCUAUUUUGGUCCAUUUUCCUCUGGUCUCAGGGGUAGGUGAUACGAAUAUAACCGCAAUGAAAUGUGUCAGAUUUGGCACCAAUGGGGAAGUGGAGUUUAGCAAUUUGACCAUGGCAAAUAAGUGUAUUGCAAUGGGUCAAGGCCAUUUCUCCAUUGUCAUUCCAUCUCAGCCACUGCAGCCACCAGUGCCGUCACCAUCAAACAAGAGCAAAGAAAGGGACUGGAAAUGGUGGGUUAUAGGAUUUGGAGUAGGAAUUGGUGGAUUGAUUUUGUUGGUUAUGUCUGUGAUUCUUUUGUACAAAUUGAUUAGGAAGAAGAGAAUCGCAAAGAUGGAAAGACAGUCGGAAAAAAGUGAGGUUUUAGGUACAAUUUGGGUUGGACCAAGUAGAAUGCCUUCAGCUACGGGUAUCAGAACCCAACCAGUCAUUGAGAAUAGCUAUGUACCAUGAAAGAUUUUCUUGUAUCAUUUUGUCCCUUUUUUUUUUGGUCAAUUUUCUCACUGGUUUCAUCAUGUCAUUUUUUAGAAGUGGAUGUUCAUUUGUUGAUAGAAUUCAUCAGGGGUGGAUAUAUGUUCUUGCUCAAAUUCUAGUUCAGAAGUUUGUUUCAGCAUCAUUGUUAAGCAUGACUUCGCCCUUAGUCGGGAUCAUAAUAUAAUAGACAUUGCGGCCGUUGUCAAGGAUUGGGGUUAGAGUCCACCUUUACAUACUUUGUUUAAGAGAAAUAAAGCAUGAUUGUCUUGUUAAAUCAAUGAUGAUACCUAAUUGACUAGAAAACUUAAGCAGCCAAUGGGGCGUCACAGCUUAUUGGCUUGUACUGAUAAUUGUCUCAUCAAUUUUCAUGUCUUCAUCCAUCGGCCAAUAUGGUAGUUACGC